AUGGUUAUCAGCCUCUUUCAUCUCUCUGCAGUCAGAGACCUGCAGCAAGCAUCCAGUGCUGCGGCUUCAACCAACAACCAGACCGACAGGCUCGCGUUGCUCGAGUUCAGGAACGGCAUAACCAGCGACCCACAAGGAGUUCUCCGGUACUGGAAUGAUUCAGUCCAUUUCUGCAGCUGGGUGGGCAUUUCCUGCGGCAGACAUGGUGAUGACGGCUCCCAGAGAGUCACAUCUCUGAUGCUGGAGGAACAGAACCUGGUGGGCACUCUGCCUCCGCACAUUGGGAACCUCAGCUUCCUCCAGGCCAUCAACCUGGAAAACAACACCUUCCACGGGGAGAUUCCUCAGGAAAUAGGGAACCUACUUCAGCUUCGAGAAAUCAACCUAACGUCCAACUCCUUCAUUGGUCAAAUUCCUGACAACCUGACUCGCUGUUAUGAGCUCCGUAUCGUGAGGCUGGGAACGAAUCAUCUACAAGGGCGGAUUCCUCGGGAGAUUGGGUCUUUGUCAAAGCUCCGAGUCAUGAGGGUAGGAACCAACAACCUAACAGGAGAGAUUCCCCAUUCGGUGGGGAACCUGACGAAGCUGAUUGACUUCGGAGCUGCUUAUCUCAACUUGGUGGGCCGCAUCCCGGAGAACUUGGGUGGUCUGGACAGCUUGCACUCGAUUUCUCUUGGGAUGAACCAAAUGAUUGGUAACAUACCUAGAUCGUUCUUCAACAGCACCACUCUCAGCAUCAUUGCCCUCCCUUGGAACCAGUUUGAGGGUCGGCUACCCGAUGAUAUAGGCUUCACUUUACCGAAACUCCAGAAGUUUGCUGUCUCAAAGAACAAAUUUGUCGGUUCCAUCCCUAAAUCAUUGUGUAACGCCACAGAGCUGCAGCUAGUGGACAUGAACAGAAAUGGUUUCGUGGGUCAAAUUCCCGAUUGUGUAGGGAAUCUGCCAGAUCUAUACUGGCUAUCAACUGGGAAUAAUCAUCUUGGCAGUUAUUCCUCUGACGACUUUGAGUUCUUGAGAGGGUUGCAAAACUGUAGCCAGCUUCAACGUUUUGUCAUUACUACUAACAACUUUGGAGGUACUUUACCUAGCACCAUAGCUAACCUCUCAGCCCAGCUUGCCAUACUUGACGUUUCCAUUAAUCAACUAGUAGGAUUUGUUCCUGCUGGACUUCAGAAGUUGGUCAACUUGAAUUACAUAGAUCUGUCAUAUAACCUCUUUGGAGGUUCCAUUCCCUCGUACUUCAGCAGGUUUCCGAGUUUGCAAAGCUUGCACUUAGAAGGAAAUCAGUUAUCAGGUCCAAUUCUUCCCUCCAUUGGCAACCUUACUCAGUUGACUGAACUCAACAUCUCGAAUAACAGAUUCGAAGGCACUAUUCCUUUGGGACUUGGUUCAUUGCUCCAGUUGAUUUCCUUGGACAUUUCAGGAAAUACUCUCACUGGAUCUAUACCUGGCAAGAUUUUCAGUCUUCCGUCCUUGACAAAAUUACUGAACCUGUCACACAACUUAUUCACAGGGAACCUGACUCCAGAAAUAGGGAUGCUGGAGAAUCUCAAUGCUUUGGAUAUUUCUCAUAAUUUCCUGACAGGCAAAAUUCCAAAUGCGAUUGGUGAUUGCAAGAGCUUAGAGUAUCUCUAUUUGCAGAGGAACUCGUUAGCCGGUGCCAUCCCUCCAUCUUUAGCUUUCUUGAAAGGCCUUCAGCAGGCCGAUCUUUCACUCAACAACUUCCAAGGAGAAAUCCCGUCGGCUCUUCAAACUAGUAACCUCUUGCAGUAUCUGAAUCUCUCUUUCAAUCACCUUGAUGGCCAGGUGCCAACAGAAGGAAUUUUUUCAAACCCAAGUAGCAUAUCAUUAAUGGGGAACAAUAUGCUUUGCGGUGGUGUGCUCGAUCUCCAUCUUCCCAAGUGCAAAGCUAAACCUUCCACAAAGGCUAUCAAUCGCCGUACAGUUUUGUCGGUAGUUCUUGUUUUUGUAGGUCUAUCCCUUCUGUCUCUAUUAACUUUUCGAAUUAUCACAAACUUAACAAGAUCAAAGAAGAAGACACUUGUUGAAGGUCCAAGACUACCCAAUUUUGUAAGGGUCUCUUACAGAGACCUUCACAGAGCAACUGGUGGAUUCUCUUCAGAGUUUUUGAUUGGGUCUGGCAGCUUCGGCCUUGUCUACAAAGGGAAAUUGGAUGGAAUCGACCCACCAGUAGCUGUGAAAGUGCUGAAGCUGGAAAACAGGAAGGCUUACAAGAGCUUGGCGGCAGAAUUGAAUGCAUUGAGAAGCAUCAGGCACCGGAACCUCGUCGGGGUUAUGUCAUACUGUUCCAGUACUGACCACAAUGGCGAUGAAUUCAGAGCUCUAGUUUUCGAAUACAUGAGGAAUGGAAAUCUGGAGAACUGGCUGCACACCACGGACGGUUCCCACAAACUCAGUCUCGGUCAAAGGCUCAACAUUGCAGUCGAUGUGGCAUCUGCACUACAUUAUCUCCAUGACCUCUGCGAAACUCCACUCGCGCACUGUGAUUUGAAGCCGAGCAAUGUGCUUCUCGACGAAGACAUGGUUGCCCAUUUGAGCGAUUUCGGCAUUUCCAGGAUUCUUUCAGCUGAGGGUGCCACAUUGUCAGGAACAAGCACCAUUGGUAUCAAAGGAACAGUUGGGUACACUCCUCCAGAGUAUGGAAUGAGCAGUGCAGCGUCGAAAGAAGGUGAUGUGUACAGCUUCGGAAUUCUACUGCUGGAAUUGUUCUCCGGGAAAAGACCCACCGACCAGUUGUUCGAAGACGGUCGAAAUCUUCGAGACUAUAUGAUGGCGGGGAUGCCAGAUAUGGUAACCGAGGUAAUGGAUCCACUGCUCUUCCCCGGUGGAGACAUAACCGAGGCUGCGGAGAUAGGCGGAGGUGAUGAAAUCACGGAAGUGGUCGAACUGCAACGCAGGGAGAGUAAUUUCAGAGAGGCGAGCUUAAUGAGGUCGAGUCAAUACCUCAAUUGCAUGAAGUCGGUCGUCGAAAUCGGGAUAGCUUGUUCUCUGGAAUCGGCGACGCAACGGAUGAAGACGGCGGACGUCUACCGCAGGCUAGAGUGCAUUUGA